AUGGAUUCACGGGUAUGGCUGCCGCUGAUCGGAGCACAUCUGCUGCCCCGAGACAUUAACGUCAUCACUCAGGUGAGAUUCGGACAAACUGACACCGAAAGUCGAGUUGAAUGUUCAGAUCUUUGCGAACAACAACAACACUCAUUCGUUGGUGACUAGCAGCAGUAUCAGCAGCAAACCCGAAGAGAAGAACUCGAAAAAGGUAACCGCGCCCUGUUGAUAAACCUUUUUCUAUCUUUUUUUUAAAAACAGUUUCUCAUCGAACGAUUCCUCGACGAUGAGCCCUCUUCUCCAGUUCUUUCGCCGUCUCCCCAGGCAGCCAUACCCAGUGUAAGACCCUUUGGUCCCACCUCCACUGUCCACUCUUUCCAGCCGAUUCUCCCGUCCGCCGUUGAAUUCGUCAACGGCGGCUACGGAGUCAAGAACCCGCUUGCUCCGCUCAUAAACUCCCUGGAAACACCGUCCUCCGUCGCCGCGUCCACCUCUCUUCUCAUCUCGUCGACGAUCCACGAGGAGUCGUCCGAUUCGUUGACGUGUCACAUUUGCGGCAAGAAGUUCGGAUUGCAACGUCUUCUGAACCGGCACAUCAAGUGUCACAGCGACCUGAAACGGUAUCUGUGCACAUUUUGCGGCAAGGGAUUCAACGACACUUUCGAUCUGAAAAGACACACGCGAACGCAUACAGGUUGGUGCGGAGGCAAAAGGCACUUUGCCUCUCUUUCGCCUCCUUAUUUUUCAUCGUUAUAACCACUAAUUUGUCGCGCCUUUUCUUCUCCUCCGUUGACUUACGGUCGGAAAGAACUCACUUUGCGUGUCUCCGUCCCUCUCUCUCUCUCUCUCUCUCUCUCUCUCUCUCUCUCUCUCUCUCUCUCUCGCAGGUGUCAUUGAAAUGAUUCUCUAUUGAGGCGGAAUAUUCGCGUAAAUUGCCUGCACUUCUUCUAGAAUCCGAUUCAGGUGUCCGUCCGUACAAGUGCGAGCAGUGCGAGAAGUCGUUCACUCAACGGUGCUCUCUGGAAUCCCACCUCCGGAAAGUGCACGGCGUCACUCAUCAGUACGCUUAUAAAGAGCGUCGGAGCAAGGUGAGUCCAACUUGCGACGACAUCGUUAAAUGAAUUAUUCUUCAGGUGUUUGUCUGUGAAGACUGCGGGUACACCGACGAAAAGUUCGAGGUGUAUUUGUCGCACAUCAAGACGGUCCACCCGUUCUCCGCCGCGUAUCUCCGGUUCACACAGCUUCAGAAGAAGGGCGCAGUGACUCCAAAGCAAACAGUUUCCAAGAUCUCCUCCUAG